UAUUUAUAUAAACCCAGAUCGGCUUAAUAAUUGCGUUUGUUUCGGUCGUAGUAGUGACUAGUGUUUUAGACUAACACUAACAAACGUUAAUAAUGGAUUUUAAUCGAAGUGUGUCGAGACCUUUAUCACAACUAGGUUCUAGUUUUAUGGAAAAUGAAGAUGAACUUCAAUUAAUGGGUUGGAAUCUUACUCCUGAAGAUCUUACUCAUAUACCAGAACAUUGGUUGUCGUACCCAGAAGUUAGAUCACUCUACCAUUAUAUUUUGGCAUUUGCUUAUACAAUUUUAUUUUGUCUCGGUGUAAUUGGAAAUGGACUGGUAUUAUGGAUAUUUUGUGUAUCAAAACCAUUACGAACACCUUCAAAUUUGUUUGUCCUCAAUUUGGCGCUCUGUGAUUUUUCUAUGGUAUUAGUAUUACCAAUUCUCAUCUAUGAUUCAAUAGAUCAUAAAUAUCCAGGUCAUUUACAAUGCCAGAUAUUUGCAUUGUGCGGAUCUAUUAGUGGCAUUGGAGCAGGUGCCACAAACGCUGCAAUUGCUUAUGACAGAUAUAGUACAAUUGCAAAACCAUUCGAGGGUCGUAUGACUUAUGGUAAAGCAUUAAUAUUGAUCAUAUGUAUUUGGACUUAUGUUUUACCAUGGUGCUUAUUUCCUUUAACAGAAAAGUGGAAUCGAUUUGUACCAGAGGGUUUUUUAACAAGUUGUUCUUUUGACUACUUAACGCCUACCGAGGAGACUAAAGCAUUUGUUGGAACCAUGUUUGUGAUUUGUUACGUGAUUCCCAUGUCUUUUAUAAUAUAUUUUUAUUCACAAAUUGUCUGUCAUGUGUUCAACCAUGAAAAAGCACUCCGUGAACAAGCUAAAAAGAUGAACGUUGAAUCUUUACGAAGUAAUCAAGAUGCAAAUGCUCAAUCAGCGGAAGUUAGAAUUGCAAAAGCCGCAAUUACGAUUUGUUUCCUGUUUGUAGCUGCUUGGACACCAUACGCAGUGGUCGCUAUGAUUGGGGCUUUUGGAGAUCAAUCUUUACUAACACCUAUUACGUCAAUGCUACCAGCAGUGUUUGCCAAGACAGUAGCUUGUUUCGAUCCUUAUGUAUACGCAAUCAGUCAUCCUAAGUACAGAUUAGAACUUUCAAAACGUGUCCCAUGUUUGGGUAUUAACGAAAAACCUCCGGCAACGAGCGAUACGCAAUCAAUAACUACUUCUGCUUAAUGUAUUUUAUUUUAGUACACAAUUUGAUUUUUUCAAAUUUCAAUGUUUAGAUUUUAAUAAAAAAAAAAAAAAAAAAAUUAACUCAAAUGGAAAGUAUAAUAUUUAAAUGUAAAAACAGAAAUUAACUAUAAUAUAUUUAGUGUAAGUAUCAGUUUUUAAUGUAUUAAACGUCUCACUUAUACAAGUGUGUAAGUGUUAGGCCAUUAUCAUAAAUUUAUAUUGUACAUGUAUAAUGUCUUAAUUGAAAUUUUAUUUAAAAUAAUAAUACAAAUACUUACAUUUUCUAUAAAAUUAUGAUGUACCUAAUAUUGUUAUUUUAUUUUUUUAGAUUUUAACCUUUUAUUAUUAUAACUUGUGAUUUUAAUUUAUUUUCCUUAUUUAUAUUGAAAAAUAAUAAUUUAUAGAUUAUAAAUGUGUUACCAUAAAUUAUAAUUUUCAAUAAUUAAUAGUUAGUUGUUCAAUAACAGCAAUGAGUAUAAAAUUAUACUUUACUAAGUCUGGCCAAACUCGCGCAGUCGUUGAAACGUCAAACUUCUGUGAUUGGAUACUGUAACUGCCAUGUGUAAGCUACGACGCCUUUCCGUCUUAAUUUUCUGUAUUUUUGACAAACUUAUUUGGAAUAGAGACAUAAUUACAUAGAGUAGGUAUUGUAACACAGAUUCGUAUUUAAGAAUUGCGAAGCCCAGUGUGAAAAUAAUUGAGAAGCUUAAAUUUAUGUUCACAAGUAUCUUUAAAAUAUCUAUUUUAGAUCCUGAACGGAGUGAGAAAUGUAUUGAUUUUACAAUGAUGUGUUAUUUUAUUAAUAUUUUUUUUAUGUCUUGUGUACACAUAACUUUUCGAAUUUAAAACUUCAGGAGUGGUUUCCGAUGACAAAUUGAAUACCCUUGGUACAUUAUAGAGAUCAAAAGUAAGAAUUUUCUAUGUAAUCACCUCGAUCUAAUACCAAAAUCUAAUCUUAUGUAGACAGUAAAAAAUAAAAUACCUACCUAUGUGAUUGUCUAGUUUUAAAAACUGCUUAGGUAAACCAGUAAUAACUUAUUACAGGCUACAGCAUGAUAUUUAGCUAUAUUAUGCAGCUAAAUAUAAUUUCGUACACUUUUAGAUGAAUAAAUCUACAACUGAUUGACGGUUGUUUUAAUAAUAUCAUAAAAUACGAAAACAUUAGUAAAACUAAGUCAACAAGUUGCAAAUAUCUUAAUAUAAAAAAACUGGUUCAGUUAGGUACAUAGAAAAUCAAUUAAAAUGAAACAUUCAUACUUAAAUAUUAAUAAUCUCGAUUUGAAAGUUAUAUAAUAUUUUUAAUUCUCCGAAAUACAUUUUAAAUGCAAACCCUAAAAUUAUUAUAUUAGCUAUAUAUUCUAUUAUCUAUAAAUCUAUAAUAAUUUGCCUAUAUUUGAAUAUUAUGAUAUUAAAUUACUUUUUGUUAUCACCCUGCCAGUACGCUGUAUAAAAUUAUCUCCCCGUAACAUAGUUAUAUACAAUUUAUCACACCGUCAAAAUUCAAAAAUAAAAUAAGUUACACAUUAUUAAUAAUAAAAUAUACCAUAACUAUAAAUGUUAAAGAAAUAUAUAAAUGCAUAUAGCAUGUCUACUGUCUAGGUACAUGUGUAGGUAUAAUACCUAUUCAUAUGAUUAUGCUCAUGAUUAAUAUUUAUUUGGCAAUGAUUAAGUAUUUUACAUACUAAGGUAUUGAGUAGUCACUAGUGACUAACUAAAUAUUAAUUAAUAUAACAUAAUUUUAUUAUUUUAUUAUUAAUUUACUUUGAAUUAUUAUUAUACUCAAAUAAUUAUUUAAUGUAAUUACAAUAUCCAAUAAUCACGGUCUUAGAAGAUAAGGUCGGACUACUCCCCCCCGUCAGCCCAUGACAAUUGUUCCGCUUAUUUGCGCGAAAACAUUUUAAAUUUCCACCACAUUUUCAAAAAGCGCUGCUGUUUAGACGUUUUUGAGGUUAGGAAUUUAUUGUAGUGUUGAGUUAUAAAAAUACCGCCAAAUGUUAUAGGGAUUUGAAUUUGAAUAAUAAUGUAAAUAUUGUAAUAUUAUUUUAUCAUUAUUCAUUACAUAUUGUUCUAUGUUUGACCACGGAUAUUUACUAAUAUUAGUAUUAUGUUUUAUGGGUUAUACAUACACAUGUUUUUAAAAUAAACAAAAUUUAUGAUA